AUGCUUGCUACUGAAAAAGAUGAGAAGCCGGAUAGAAAGAAAAUUGCCAUUCUCCUCAAUCUUCUUGGAAAUGAAGGUGUUGAAGUAUUUACUACUUUUACAUUUGAGGGGGAUGAGUCGUCUGAAAAAUAUACUGACGUGGUUGCUAAAUUCCAAGAGUAUUGCGUUCCUAGGCGGAAUAUUGUCUUUGAGAGCUAUAAAUUUUUCUCAUGUUCGCAGCAAGAAGGCCAAUCGUUCGAUGUGUAUUUAACUCAACUGAAAACGCUUGCUGCAUCAUGUGAGUUUUCGACGCAGGAAGAAUCUCUCAUAAGAGACCGUGUUGUAGUAGGGAUUCGAGAUAAAGUGCUACAAGAACGUCUAUUAAGAGAACAGCAACUGACUUUGCAAAAAGCUGCGGAAUAUGUCAGGGCAUCUGAAGUGAGCAAAGAGCAGCUCAAGGUGAUUCAUAGACAUGAUGACUCACUUCAGUGCCAAAUUGAUGCUUUGAAACUAAAUCAAAAGCCAUCAUCGAGUGAAAGUGAUUCAUUUAAAUGUAGGAAGUGUGGACGAUGGCACAAACAAUUUGAAUGUCCAGCUUUCAACAGAUUGUGUAAUGUGUGUAGAAAAAAAGGCCAUUUUGCCUCUCAGUGUCAGUCUCUGAGGCUGAUAAAUAGGCAAUUUCGUAACAAAUAUAAUGCUGUUCAUGAAUUUAUUGAUAAUAAUAAUGAAACCCAAUCUUUGUAUAUUGAUUCAUUAAAUAUUAAUGAAAUGUAUGAUUUGUGUUCUGAAAAUACUUGGUAUAAAACAGUAUCUGUUCAUGGUAAACCAGUAAAUUUUAAAUUAGAUACAGGUGCACAGGUAUACAUUUUACCUUUAAAAAUGUAUAACAAUCUUAAAUUGUCACAAUAUUGUAAACUGAUUGAUACAAAACUUGUGUUGCAUGCAUAUGGAAAUAAUGUGUUAAUGCCAAAAGGUAAAGCAAAUGAUUAA